ACCAAAGUUACACGAUGGCGCUACUUACUGUUCUGAUCUUCACACUUUGCGUGGAUUCGUCAUGGGGAUUUCUGUUUAAAGAUUCUGCAGAUUUGGAUUUCAUGAACGGGACUUUAAUUGGCACAGUCCAGGACAGCAGAGUGGUAAAAACGUCAGGUUGUGCAGCAAGUCGUAAACAUCCGGGUAUUUUAUAUAUACACAACGACCACCAUCAUGCAGGCGCCACUAUUUUUGCAAUAAACGCCACUACAGCCCAAGUGGUCGGGAGCAUUACGUUGACUAAUGCGGUUAAUUCGGAUUGGGAAGACAUCGCUGUCGGUCCUUGUCCAACCCGCGAGGGAGUGAGCUGCGUAUUCAUAGGUGACAUCGGGACCGACAAAGGACACCCAGCAGCGGAUAAUAUAUAUCUAAUUGCGGAGCCAGAUAUGGUUACAGGACAACACAACGUUCCGUACGAGAAAAUACUUAAGUACAGUUUCAGCGAACUUGGAUCUGACGCUCUCAUGGUGGACCCUAAGGGCGAUCUUUACAUGAUCGCUAUACAACGAGGAGGAAAUGGUGGAUACUAUCAUAUCCCUAAAAACGCUUGGAAUUCAAACAGCAGAGUUCCCCUUACAGUAAGCGGUCAUAUGACCCUAAACACUGGUCACGAAAAAGAUCCGGUUGCCGGUGACAUUUCACCGGAUGGAAUUGCAAUGCUUGUGAAAACACAACAUAGCAUGCUGUUGUGGAGAUUUGAUGCCAACGACUUUACGGGUAUGUUCCAACGGCAACCUAUGAGUGUUCCGUACAUCUACGUUUGGCAAGAUGAGGCUGUAUGCUGGAAUCACGAUGGUACUGGUUACUACACUAUACCCGAGGGCACUAACCCUCCACUACAUUUCUAUCCAAGCAGUGGUAUCAACUCCUAUUAAAGGGACAAUCGCAUGACGAUCGUUGGAAUACAAUACGUUUUAUUGAACAUACGAAUACAGUUGCAAAAGAUAACAUUUAAACAAAAAAGUCAAUAUAUUCAGCUUUCUAGUCAAAUGUUGAUUUUGAUAUUGCCUUCAGUAAAAUGUAAA